AUGGGAAGCUACAAAUGCACGAACCAGCAGCACCAGCAUCAAGCCAUAGAAAGUAUCAUAACAAAUUAUACGCUUUCAGGUUUAAGCAUCAUUAUAGGAGUUGGUAGCGCAGCAGGCUUUAUACUUUUGGUUGUCAUUAUUGUCUUUAUCACUCAAAGGUUUAAGCAGAUGAGGGCAAUGAAGCUAAAACAAAGAAACUUUGAGCAAAAUCGUGGACAACUGUUACAACAGUUGAUAUCCCAAAGGACAGACAUUGCGGAAAGGAUGAUCAUAACAUUGGAUGAGCUUGCAAAGGCAACAAAUAACUUUGACCCAGCCCGUGAGCUUGGUGGUGGAGGGCAUGGUACUGUCUGCAAAGGGAUUUUGUCGGACCUACAUGUCGUAGCUAUCAAGAAGUCAAAUAUAACAGUCCAAAAAGAAAUAGAUGAGUUCAUAAAUGAGGUCGCCAUCCUCUCACAAAUAAACCAUAGGAAUGUGGUAAAACUGUUUGGAUGUUGCCUAGAAACUGAGGUGCCAUUGUUGGUUUACGAGUUUAUUUCCAAUGGAACCCUUUAUCACCAUCUUCAUAUUUCAAGAUCACUAGCAUGGAACAACAGGUUAAGAAUCGCAACUGAAACUGCUAAUGCAAUUGCCUAUCUUCACUCAUCAGUUUCAAUCCCAAUCAUCCAUAGAGAUAUCAAAUCCAGUAACGUGCUCCUUGAUGAUACGUUGACAUCAAAGGUGUCGGACUUUGGAGCUUCAAGGUACAUUCCACUUGAUAGAAGAGGGUUAACCACAGUUGUUCAGGGGAUUAUAGGAUACUUGGAUCCUAUGUACUUUUACACAGGCCGCCUUACAGAUAAAAGUGAUGUUUAUAGCUUUGGUGUUCUUCUUGUGGAAUUGCUCGCUAUAAAGAAACCAUCAUAUUUGUCCUCUAACGGUGAUGGUCUUAUUGCCCAUUUUUCUCGCAUUAACUUACAUGAUGAUGGCAACCUGGACCAAAUACUAGAUCCUCAAGUUAUGGAUGAGGGAGGCAAAGAAGUCGAAGAAGUGAUUAAACUUGCAGUGUCAUGCGUACGAUUAAGGGCUGAGGACCGGCCAACCAUGAGACAAGUGGACCUUACACUAGAAGGCCUUUUGUCAUCUGAGAAUCAUGAGGAGAAUAAUACAUUGGCAGAGGGAUUUGAGGAUAUUGGUAAUAUGCAGAUGGAUUUUCCGUCGAUUGAUGAGGGGCAAAGCACGGGGGAGUCUAGUAAAUGGCACAGUUUGGGACAGGAUCCCUUGAUGUUUUCUGGUUCUCGGUAG